AUGACGCUGCCCUUUCUGCUGCGACUGCCAACUCUACCCCUGGUCUUGCUCCUCGCCAAGGAGCGUGCAGAAUUUAACAUCUCCAGUUUGUCCGGCCUGCUGACCCCAGCCCUGGCGGAGAGCCUGCUGGUUGCCCUGCCCCCUUGCCACCUCACAGGGGGAAAUGCCACCCUGAAGGUCCAGGGAGUCAACGACAGCUCAGUACUUCAGCGGCGGUUUGUGGUGCCAGCGUGCCGUGGGCGCCGGGAGCUCGUCAGCGUCGUGGACAGCAGUGCCGGCUUCACCUCCACCCGUCUGAACGCGUACCAAAUCACCAGGCUGAAGCCGGGCACCACCUACACCCUCUCUUACGUGGUGCAGAAAGGGUCCGUCCAGGAGACCAGCAAUAAGGUCCGGAUGACCACUCUCUCACGGAAGAAGGCGGAGCUGCUGGUGGUGGGCAUGGCCCGCACGGGGGGCAUGGUGGUCAUCACGGUGCUGCUGUCUGUGGCCAUGUUCCUACUGCUCCUGGGUUUCAUCGUUGCCCUCGUGCUGGGCUCCCGCAACUGA